AUGGAUUGCUUGUGGACGAACAGCUCAUGUGACAGUUCAGAUGGCUGGACAUUCUGGGGUCGCUGGGUCCUGAUUGUCUGUAUUGCUAUUGCGCUCGCGGUUCUGAUAUGCCUUUUAAUAUUCCACUUUUCGCGACGGCGCCUUCACCAAGGCAGGCCUCCAAUUGCCGGAACUGGGUGGAUAGUGCAAUCUGCCGAGCGAACGAGGUCCUCACGCCGUCCUCAGGAACCGGAAGCCGAUCCGGUGCCCCCCUAUAUGCAGUCCGUUGGUGAUCAUGACGCCGGCUAUUACGACGCCAACGGCAACUUCGUAGCCAAGGGCCUGCCUACGUACGACAGUGUCCAGGCACCUCCCAAAGCUGUUUUGAGAACAGCAACCGAGCAAAUUGAGCUCGAUGCGGUCGAUAUCCAGUCUCCAAACACCUCGCCCGUGUGA